GCGUAUAAAAGCCAGCCGGCCGCACCGUGCAUUCACCCGCCUGCUGCGCCCGGUGCACCGCGUCUCCGCACGCCACCCGCCCCGGUACGACGAGAUGAAGACCGACCUGGAGCUCGCGCUGGACUGCGCCGUCAACAUCUACCACCAGUACGCGGUCAAGAAGCCCCUGGACGACUACCUGGACAGGGGCGAGUUCAAGGCGCUGCUGACGGACAACGCCAAGCCCUUCCUCGCCCACACCACGCCGCCCGGCCUGGACAGAGAUGUCUACAUCAACCAGCUCUUCAACAGAGCCGACCGCAACCGCAACGGUCGCCUGAAGUUCACCGAGUUCCUGACCACGCUGAUUCUCAUAUUCAUUGAAGCCCAUAAGAGGUCCCACCAGCAUCCCAACGAGCCUGGCCACGGCCACGAGCACGGCCACAAGCACGGCCACGACCAUGGCCACAGCCCCCAACACUGAAGCGGUUCCUGGGCUGACUGUGCCCGCGGGCUUGUGCUCUUCCCACUCUGUUGUUUCCUUCUGCCCUUGGUAUUCAAAUAAAAUUUCUUUCUUUAAGCACCAAA